GCUAAUCGUGUGCUAAGAAAACUGAGGCAGAGUAUACAACAGGAGAAUUACUAUGAGCACAUCAAAUGUACAGAACACUUUACUUUAGAUACAUGACACAACAAAAGUUUGUAGAAGUAAUCGACUUGCUUUAUGAAGGUGCCACGCUACUGCUUGAACGUGGCCAGCAUGGAAGUGGUGCAGAUCUCUGCAUGCUGCUAGUGGAGGCACUGAACAAGUCUGCUAUGCCUGGCAGUGAUGAACUUUUCGACAAGAUAGCAACACUAUUUACGCUCCUUGAUGCUGGUUCUUUGGAACGUCAUCCCUUUGUAUCAACUGCAUUGAAUUGGACAGGAAAAGGAAGACCAGAGGAUGGAAUGAAACUCCACCAGGUCCUUGCUAUUGCGUUAUGGAAAGAGAAAAACUAUUCAAUGUCCCGGUAUCAUUUUCUCCGAUCAUCGGAUGGCGAAGGAUGUGCCAAGAUGCUUAUAGAAUUUUCUGUGACUCGUGGCUACCCUAGUGAAUUCGACCUAUUUAUCACUCAGGCAGUAUUGCAGUAUCUAUGCCUUCGGAAUAAGUCGACUGCCAACAGAGUGUUUAACAUUUACAUGGAACGCCAUCCUUCUGUGGAGACAGGACCUCCAUUUAAACACACGCCUUUGCUCAACUUUCUCUGGUUCUUACUGCUGGCAGUAGAAAAAGGCAAGCUGGCAAUAUUCACUGUACUGUGUGAGCAAUACCAGCCAUCAAUUAGACGAGAUCCAUGUUACAACGAGUAUUUGGAUCGAAUUGGACAACUUUUCUUUGGUGUUCCACCUCCAAGACGACCCACCGGUGGAAUAUUUGGUAAUCUACUUUCAAGUAUAAUGGGAGGCCUGGACGAUGAUGAUGGUGAUGACAUGGAUGUGUCCGUGCCAACUACUUCAGAAAGAUCUGCGGUUGCAUCUAAACGAUUAAUAACGGAAGAUUUGGAUUAGCCAGAUCACUAUCCGUUCAUACGCAAUCCAGGGGAGUUGUACAUUGGGCACCUAUUUAUAUAGAGUGGAUGAUUACUUCAAAUGGUCACCUAUAUUCCAUUUGGAAGCAGCAACAAGCAUACAGUUGAAUGCAUAUCGAGAAUAUUUUGCAUUUUUACUGUGUUCGCGUAGAUUUUACAUGAUGUUCUAUAAGGCAAUCUCUUUCCUUCCUAGGCUGCUUCCAGUUCUGAACUGGGGGAUGGACUGCUAUUACCAAUACCACAGUAAAUGCAUGACAUACAUUUCUAUCAGUGUCAGUGGAACUUUUUCAUAUUUUUGUGUCAGGCUGUGGCCUAAUAUGCAGUAUGGCUGGCGCAACAAGGCAAAUGCGAUUAAACCGAGUAAUGAUG